AUGUGUGGAUCGCAGUGGGGGACAAGCGGUGCCGUCAUGACGUCUGCGUGUGAAAUGUACCGCCGCGAGUGCAGCGCACUUCACAUUCCGCCAAACAGUGGGUUGCUGCGCAUGCUCCCCGGCGGUAACGCGGAUAUGAGCGGCGUGACUGUGAUGCACUUCGGGCGCAACUUCCUUGGCGACCGCGGCGUCGUGCCGCUGCUCCGCGUGAUUGGGCAGGCCACUGCUCUGCACACUCUGAACCUGCGCGAUAACGGCAUUGGGAACGGCGGCGUCAAGGCCCUCUGCAGCGCGCUGCGGAAACAUCCGUCGCUGAAGGUACUCGAGCUGAGUGGUAACCCCUUUACGUAUCUCGCGGCGCGUCAGUUGGUCCAUCUCUGCGAAGACAGCGGCAGCAUCGCGUUCAUCGGUGUGGAGAACACACUCAUGACGGAAACGCUGAAGGCGAGUAUCGUGCGCCGCCUCCAGGAAGCACUGCGGCGGCGUGAAAGCCGGAAGCGCGCGACGCAAGCAUCACCGAAUGCCGCAGACAGUGCAGCGGCAGCGGCAACACCGCACACGCCUCCCAGACUUGCGGAGGGUGCGGCCGCGUUGCACAGGUUGUCUGCUGGCAGUGCCGUCGACCCCGCGGCGCUGUUCGCGCGCCGGACCCCAAGCGGCCGCUCGACGCACAAUGACAGCAGCGGGGAGGUGGCGAGCACGGGGAACCGCGACGUGGCGCUGGAGAGCU